CCGCGCCCCGCCGGUUACCUGGACUGAGCCCGGCGAGGUGGAGUUGUAGAAGCUGCGGCUGCGGAGAAGCUGUGGAGCUGGUCCCGCGAGCCGGGAGCAUGAGGACCUGGUGUCUGUGUCAGAUUUGUACCUGCGGGCGACAUCAUUGCCCACAUGGAACCACAAGGAUUUAUGAAAAUUCUGACUUGUCCCACAGCUGAAUAUUUGGAAAACUAUCCUAUGUAUGGCAGUGUUCUUCCACCUCAGAGUCUGAAGCCCAAGGAAGAAUUUCCAGCAUAUCGUUGUAAAAUGGAAGGAAUAACAACAUUUAAGUCGGAUUCUCAUCCUUAUGAAAUAGUCAAACAGCCUCGCCAUGCACCAGAAGAAUAUAAACCAAAGCAGGGGGAGAUUGAUCUUGGUACUACCUACAAAUGGCAUCUUAAUUCUUGUAGAGUGCAGCGUGUGGCAAUAGCUCGGCCUUUGGAGAGACAAGUUAAAAAAGGGAAGUUGGAUACUGUCCCAGCCUAUAAAGAUGAUUAUAGAGCUUGGGACAUUCAGAAAAGUGAACUUUAUAAACAAGAACAAAAUUACUAUCCCCCUACUGUGAAAUUUGGAAAAACAUUUCAGGAUGACUGUGUACCUUGUGAGAUAAAGCCUAGGCAAAGCUUUAAACCCAGCCCUGCAGUCAAACGUUCUACAGUCCCCUUUAAUGGUGAUACAAGUCAUCACCUUGAUUACGUACCUCAUCAGCUAGAAUUCAAGUUUGCGAGGCCAAAAGAAGUUUACAAGCAACCAACCAACCAACCUUUUGAGGAUCUCACAACUCACUGAUAUGACUUCCAGGGGCUUGUUGGUGAAAAUGCAAACAUCUGCAGACCUCUAUACACCAGAGUGUCCCAAAAUGCUCAGUUUGAAAGAAGCACUGAAUUCCGUGACAGUUUUCAACCAUGGGAAAUCCCACCACCCGAAGUCAAGAAAGUAAAAGAGUAUGUCCCUCCCGCAGGUAUCGUGCAAUUACACAGCACAAGCCACAUCGAUUAUGUUCCAUAUGAGGCCAGAUGUGUUGUUCUUCCCAUCAGGCCAGCUUCUCGUAGAAAAAAUAACAGUCUUCCUUCCCAAGGAAAAAGCACCACGAAGGAAGACUUUCCAGCACGGGAAAGUUGUUGUCAAAGAUUUAUUAAUAUUAAGCAGGAGCAGCAGAUCCCCAACCUAUCUGGAAAAUUUGAUGGUUUGAGCACUUUCAGAUCUCACUAUGUGCCACAUGAAUUGAUUCCAACAGAGAGUUGCAAACCUGUAAAUGUUCCCUUUAAGAGUUCUAUUCCAUUUGAUGACGUAACCGUGUACUCUCCCAAGUGUGCACCAAAGAAACAGGAAAUCUGCCCUGCCAGUUAUCCUUCUCCUCCAGGUUAUAUCUUUGAACAUACAAAUUCCCGAGGUCAUAAAUUCUUCCACACGAUCGCUCCCACGGCUGAAGGCCUUCUAAUCAUCAAAUCAUGUUUAAAAGGAAGCUAACUAACAGAACGUUGGUUUCCCAAGGGCAAAACCAAUUUUCUAUGGUAGAAGAAAAAGUUUAUGAGAGCUGAAAAAAAUCAUGUUUUAAAUUUUUAAACGAGAUUUAGAAAAUUUGUUACAGGAAAUCAGGAUUUUUUUUAAAAAUUUUUAUUUAUUUAUUUAUUUUUGGCCAUGUUGGGUCCUCGUUUCUGUGCACGGGCUUCCUCUAGU